AUGGGUGUGAGUUGCGUGGGCUGUAGAGAUGCCCAGACAGAUCAAGUUGGUCGCGCAAUUGAACUGUUCCUGACCAACGACUGCAAGCACUACACAAUUUGCAUAGGUCCUGUCUCUUGUUGGCUAAGGAAGGCAGCGCUGGCAUCUGAUGAGCAGCCAAGCUUUUCGUGCACGAAGCGCUUCAGCGCUUCGAAGCUGCGAGCUGCAAGGCGAUGGUCGGUCUGUCCGCGGCGCAACGAGUCGGGUCGGUUCUCCGCGGCGAAGCGCCGCGCGGUGAAAUGGUAUCUCGUCUUGGACCACGAUUCAAUAAGUUGGCGGAUUGCUUGCAGAUUGAUCCUGCUUCUGGUGGCUGGUGCGGCCGGGCUAGGGGCCUUCUACAAGAUGAUUUUGAAGGAUGUGGAGUUCUCCAAGUUGUCGUCCUUGCAGCUGUCCCUGCCAUGGAGUAGUGCCUUCAAUUUGACCACUGUAGCUGAGAAGCCUGAAGGUAGCAGCUGGAGCUGGACCAGUGUAGCUGACAAACUUCAAGGUAGCGGUAGCGCCUCUAAUGGGAGUACUCCAGAAGAACUUCGAGGUGCCGAGUCGGCCGACAGCUUCCAGAACCGAUCCAUGGUGGGCGAAGUCCCAACGGAGGAGAUCCUUGAAGGUCCAGGCAUUCUGGUGGCUUCCGGCGUCCCUGCGAAGAGUCCCUUCAAAGCCUCGGAUGACAUGCCUCACUGGAAGGAGGUGGUACCCGUCUUUGUGGAGCCCAUCUUGAUGAACCGGAGCAACUUCCGGAUGGUCGAGCUUCAGAAAGGGGGCUGGACGGUCGAGGACCCCAUGCAGGCGGUCUUCUACUUGGUGUGCUGCGGCCCGGUAGAACGCUUGCUGGCGUUGCCCACGCGACCGCCCGAGCGUCCCUACUUCUGCUAUGACUGCGACGCCAUUUUGCACCUGGAGUCCUGCAGCUCCACCAUGGGCUGCCUGAAGAAUCUCAGCGUUUUGCUGGCCCGUCGCGACUUUCUCUUCUCCAGCUCCGAUCUGCGGUGGUGGCAUCUGAAGAAUGACUCAGCGCUUUUGAUGCCAGGAGUCACUCAUGCGCAUCCCAUUCCGCCACCCGAGAGAUUGGUGAAGGCGAAGAAGGACAUGAAGCGGACCGACCCCCCGAAGUAUUUUCUGACCUUUCAAGGAACGCGGAACAAUGGCCUGCAAGGCUCCUGCUAUGUACGUCACAACCUGGAGGCGGCCUUCAACAGUUCUUUCAAGCCUCCAACUCUUCUUCGCACUGCGAAUGGACGAACGAAGCCUUUACCAACGAACUUUCAGCCGCCCCCUGACGUCUUUGUGUCCAUCGCCGGCGAGCAUGACGCCAUGAAGGAACGACGUGAUUAUCAUUCGCUCUUCAACUCGGCCUAUUCGCUGAUCCUGCACGGCCAUGGUCGCUGGAGCUAUCGGCUCAUGGAGGCGUUGAAUGGUGGCGCCAUCCCCGUCAUCAUGGCAGAUGGCUGGAGACUACCCUUCGACGAGCUCGUCGACUGGGAGCAGAUCUCAGUCCAAAGACCGGAAUCGAUGAGCGAAACUCCCGAGGAACUCAUUGAGAGUCUGACCCGAAAUGCUACGAGCAUCAAGGCGACGAAGCAACGCAUUGAUCUGGUCUACCAGAAGCUGAUGAUUAGCCAAGAGAUUCGCCUCCUCUCCCUGCUUCGUUCAGCUGCUGUUUGGAAGCAAAACUGGCAGGAGAAUGAGCAACAAACCUUGCGCAUGCUGGUCGAUUCGACCAAUGCAUUGCAGCGCACGAAGUCGCAGUCAGCGGAAAAGACGCCAAACUCUUCACUCGUGGCAGACGGGUAUUGA